AUGGCCUCCAAAGAGGUCUUCGCGGGGGUCAUAGAUCACUAUAUGAGUGAGGGGCGUGGGCAUACCCGUUCGCCCUUGUCGCUGGUGCCCCGCGAGAACAUGGAAGCCUUCUACCUGCCCCUGAGCUGCUUUGACUACUCCACAGACGGCAAGAACGACUUCCCACACCAGAGCCAGCUCCGUGCGCAUUUCUUGUCCUUCAUCAGCCAGGGCAAUGACAGCAGGGAGCCCGUGGCUGUGAGGUUCGAAGCAGUGGAAACCGGAGGGAAUCGACAGAUCCACCCCCAUGGCUUUAACGUUCGCUUCGUGGACGGCCAGUGCAAAGUCCUGAUCAUGCAACUGGCGGUGUGCAUCGCGCACAAGCUGGGCUUGGAGAAGGACGUGCUCAGGACAUUGCCGUCCUUUGCUAUGGUUCUCUGCUCGCACACCAAGCACGCAUCCCUGGCAGCCUACCACUACGAUGCUCUCCGUCUCUUCGCUGUGUUGAGGGGUUGGCCUUGUUGA